CACACACACUAUCUUAGUGAGAAUAUUACAUAGACUCCCAUUGAUUUUAUAUUAGGGCAAUGGUACUUUCUAUCCCCUAACACUAACCCUACACACUAGAUUUAAAUAAAAUCAUCUUUUGGCCAAUUUAUAAGGCUUUUAAAAAGUGAGGUAAAAUUUUCCCCUCUUUAAUGUAACAUCCAAGUAACCAACGGUAAAUAUAUUUCUGGUGCUUUUCAGAGAUGGAGGAUACCGCUCAAGAUAUCAAUCUUCUGCUGAUUGGUAAAACUGGUUCAGGAGUGAGCGCAUCUGGAAACACUAUACUGGGAAAAGAUGAGUUUCAAUCCAAAAAAAGCUCAAGCUCCAUCACUAACAGAUGCCAAAAACACUCGGUCGAAGUGUCGAUGAGAAGAAUUACAGUAGUCGACACCCCAACUUUCUCAAAUUCCCGAAACAUUGAUCUGAGUGUGGAGUUCAAGAAUGGAUUGAAGAAGUGCCCUCCAGGAAUCCACGCGAUCCUUCUGGUUCUCCCUUCACACAAAACACAAGCUGCUGAUGUCCUGUCCUCAUUCAAGCAGAUGUUUGGUCAAAAUGCCUUGAAACACACAUUAGUCCUCUUCACACAUGGAGACGAGACUCAAAAUGAGUCACUUGAUCGACUAAUAAGACAAAACACAGAGCUGUCCAAACUAAUAGAGGAGUGUGGAGGGAGAGUUCACCUGCUGAACAACAAAGAUCUGAACAACAGAGAUCAGGUCACAGGCCUCCUGAUGAAGAUCGACCAGAUGGUGUCUGAAAAUCAGAACAGCUGCUACACUUUACAAAUGUUUGAGACCCAAUCAUUUAAAAUAUUUCUGCCGGGAUUUAUAAAGACUGAAAUUCUGUAUACAGUCUUUUUUAUCAUGUGCUUCUUUGCCAUUUUGUGUUGUGUUGAAGGUUAUGAACAGCUUUUGUACAGAUUUAAAUCAGCAUUGAUAGUUGGAGUAGUUGAUUUUGUGUUGGCAUGCAUAUGGAUAACUCUGAGCUGGUUUAUUGGGCGAUGUACAUACAAACAUCAGAACAAACUGCUGGCUAUCACAUGUGGUGUUGUUGGAGGGAUCACUGGAGGGAUCAUUAAAGGGUUUCAUGGUCAAGAAGCUAUUUGGGCUAUAUUCUUGAGAGGGAUACAGUCUUAUGUCAGUCUUAUGGUACGCCACAUGACCUCUCACACUUGAACCAGUUAUCUGUGGGUCAUUCUAAACCCCAGGUGAACAUCUUGCUUCAUGUUUCACACUGCUCAUAAUUAACACGGGGUUAACAAUUACUGUCACUGAUUAGAUGAACACAACACACUAAAUGUUUACAUAAAGGCUCCAGCAUUGUGCUUCCUUGCAUUACAUUGAUGACAAUAUCAAGUCUUUAUUGAAUGGACUAUAAAGAUAAAAAUAAAACCAUCUCUUCUUCACUCCUA